GGGUCAAGAAAGGUCAAGGACGACUGCAGGAGGGUGGUUGUCAACGAAGCCGUGAACGAUUUACAUGACUGAAAAUGUGACGUUGUCCGGUGAAUUGUCUUUUUCAUCUAUAAAAAUGGAAAAAAACAAAAAUCAUUCGUAGUAUUGUCAGGAUUCAUUUCAAAGAAAAUGUUUCCAAACGUCGAGGAAUUUCACUACCUGGACGUGAAGAAGUUCAGCGGUCACAAAGACGAGGUCAAUACUGUUGCCUUUUCCACAGACUUUGAGAUGAUGGUGACAGGAUGUGAUGACCACAGAGUCCGAGUGUUUAAUGUCCAGACUGGGAAACUGGUGUGCAAAUUAAAGGGGCAUACAGGUGCAGUGAAAUCCGUUGCUGUAGCUUCAAACAGCAAGUGCUUUGCCAGUGCCUCCUAUGAUAAGACCAUCAGGAUCUGGAGAACAAGAGAUGCGGUUCUGCUUCACGUCUUACAAGGCCAUACAAAGAGUGUGGAGUGUAUAAUCUUCUCAUUUGAUGUGAAAACCCUGGCAUCUGGCUCCUGGGACAGAACUGCCAUGUUGUGGGAUGUGGAGAAAGGGUUUCCAUUACGCAUAUUUGAAGGACAUGAAAACUUAGUGCAAUCAGUUGCCAUAUCAUAUAAAGGAGAGUGGCUGGCUACAGGUUCAUGGGACCAUACAGUAAGACUAUGGACACUACAGAGUAUAGACGGCUCAGAUGAAGUCACUGUGCUCACGGGACACAAAGGCAAUAUACAUGGAGUGGCUUUCUCCCGGGAAGGAAUGCUGGCCUCCUGCUCUUGGGACAAAACCAUCCGUUUGUGGAACCCCAAAACUGGCAAACUGUUCCAUGUGCUGGAAGGACACAGUGGUUGGGUCCAGGCGGUCAUCUUCUCGCCUGACAGUUGCUACCUGGCCAGUGUGGCCGAUGACGAGACGGUCAGAAUUUGGGACGUGGUGACUGGACACUGUGAUAAGGUUUUAGAGGGAGAGACAGACACUGCCCAGCACUGUGCCUUUACAUCAAGUGGAAUAUUGGUGGCAUCAGGUGCCGCUCAGGUGACAAUGACAGCUGCCCCACGAGUGUGGCACAAUCUUUCUAAUGAGGACACAGCUGAUACUGAUCACACUACAUCUACACAUAAAACUCAGGAGACAUAAACUGUGACAUGGUGUUGACAUGAUUGUGACAUUGAAGACACUACAUCACUAUAUCAACAUAUAAAACACAGGAGACAAACUGACGUGUUGUUGACAGGAUAGUGACAUUGUAGGCACCGCUUCUACAUCAACAUAUAAAUCACAGGAGACAAAUUGACAUGUUGUUGACAGGAUAGUGACUUUGAUGACACUGUCAUGACAUCAACAUGUAAAACACAGGAGACAUAGACAUAAACUGUGACAUAUUGUUGACAUGAUUGUGACAUUGUUGACACUAGUGAAGUGUCAACGCAGAAAAUAUUUGUGACAUGGGAAAUGGCUUAUACUAGUAGAUGCUGUGUUCAUGCAUGUAUAAGAGUCCUUUUCUCAUUAUGAACCUGAAGCAAGUUUUCCUUCAGGAACUUAAGCUUUGAACAGUUACAAAUCUACGCAUUAUUGUUGUGUUUGCAAACUUUACUUUUAAUAAAAUUGAAGAGAAUCAAAGAAUAUAAAAAGGAACCAUCAAAUUAUCAAGUGAAAUUUUACUAUUUCUUUUAAUUGAAAAAUAUAUGGAGGAAAAAAAUGGUAAAAUUUUAGAUAUUUAUAUAAU